AGAGGGGAGGGGGGUUAGAGAGGAGAGAAGUGAGAGCCAAUAAGAGGCAGUGGGUGCAGACACACUCUGUUUGUGACACCUUGUGGUGGAGAGUGAGGGGGUGGCAGAGAUGGAGAGAGAGCGGGGCACCACUGGAUAGAGAGAGAGAGAGAGAGAGAUCAAAGCAAAGCAAGAGACAGAGGAGGAGGAACGAGGAUGAGAGAUAGCAGCUCUGCAGCGAGAGCGAGAGCCCUGCCUGCCUGCCUUUGCGACGAGUGUUUACUCCACUUUUCCUGAGAGCCGGUUAUCUUCCCUCUGCGUGAGUCAUGGAAGUGAUUUAGGUGAGUGGAGCGUCGUGGAGCGGCAGCAGAAAGCCACAGAUCUGUUUGUGUGUCUGCGCCGUGGGCAGGCCGACUCAUUUUGUGAUUAAGGAUCAAUGCCAGUCCGCCGAGCAAACAGAAGAAACCCUGACAACAACCUCACCGCAUCAGCAGGCAGUCAUCUUGAUGCUCAUGUGGAAGUCCGUGGACAAGAUGAGGUGUUUCAGGAAACGAUCCAUGUUCCCCUUCCUCGGCUUCCUCAUCACCUUCCUCCUCUUCUUCAACCUCUACAUGGAUGAUGGAUUUGUGCUGGAGGCUGAAAAAAGACAGCUGGGAGAGACACUGAUGCAUCCUACAAACUCUGAGAGAUACGUGCACACAUUCAGAGAUCUGUCUAACUUCUCUGGAUCUAUUAAUGUGACGUAUCGCUACCUUGCUGGAAUUCCUUUGCCACGCAAAAAGUAUCUCACCAUUGGUUUGUCGUCUGUCAAGAGGAAAAAGGGGAAUUACCUUCUAGAGACGAUCAAAUCCAUCUUUGAUCAGUCCAGUUACGAGGAACUCAAAGAGAUAGUGGUCGUGGUCCACCUGGCAGACUUUGACCUGGUCUGGUGUGAGAACCUGGUGCAGGAUAUCACCAGGAAGUUCGCCCACCACAUCAUAGCGGGACGCCUCCUGGUGAUCCAGGCCCCAGAGGAGUACUACCCAUCUCUGGACGGCUUGAAAAGGAACUACAACGACCCGGAGGACCGGGUCCGUUUCCGCUCCAAGCAGAACGUGGACUACGCUUUCCUCCUCAACUUCUGCACGAACCUCUCUCACUUCUACAUGAUGCUGGAGGACGACGUGCGCUGCUCCAGGAACUUCCUGACGGCACUGAAGAAGGUGAUCACCUCCAGAGAGGGUUCCUACUGGGUGAUGCUGGAGUUCUCCAAGCUGGGCUACAUCGGCAAGCUGUACCACUCCAGAGACCUGCCGCGUCUGGCUCAUUUCCUCCUCAUGUUCUACCAGGAAAUGCCCUGCGACUGGCUCCUCAUCCACUUCAGGGGUCUGCUGGCCCAGAAGGACGUGAUCCGCUUCAAGCCCUCGCUGUUCCAGCACAUGGGCUACUACUCCUCUUACAAAGGAGCCGAGAACAAGCUGAAGGACGACGACUUCGAGGAAGACUCCAUAGACAUUCCCGACAACCCUCCCGCCAGCCUUUACACAAACAUCAACGUCUUUGAGAACUAUGACGCCACCAAGGCGUACAGCACUGUUGAUGAGUACUUCUGGGGGAAGCCUCCGUGCACCGGAGACUUCUUUGUCAUAAUCUUCAAUAAAUCAAUAAAAAUCAGCAGAAUUAAAAUCGUGACGGGCACAGAGGACAGACAAAAUGACAUUCUCCACCACGGAGCUCUGGAGGUCGGACAGAAGGCUGUGGACACUAAACAGGGACGUCAGUGUUCGUCCUACAUCACGUUAGGAGAGUUUAAAGGCGGCAUUAUCGAGGUGAACAACGUAGACCACAAGAUCGGCUUCGACAUCGAGUGUGUGCGAGUCGUCACCACCGCCAAUCAGAAAGAAUGGCUCAUCAUAAGAACUAUCAGUUUAUGGACCACGCAACCCGUGAGUCAGUUUUAAAUGUAACAGAGGACAUUUUUAAAUUAUCAUGUGUGUACAGUAUUAAUUUUGGAUGCAAGUUCAUUUUGGACUACUUCUGGGAAAUAUGUGUUUAUGGGAUUCAAAGCAAUCCAUAUUUUCUUGGGUUGUUUUCAAUGUGAUUGUAUUAAAAUGACAAAUCUGUACAGUCUGGAGCCUUUAUACGUAUGUUCAUUUUCCUAAAUCUAAAUAUAAAAUUGUUCAUACAUGGCUGCUUUCCUGUUUGUUUGUUUGUCAUAGCACCUUAAAGGGGCAUUGCAUCGGUUUUCUUACAUUUUUAUAACCUGGUUACAGACGUCUUGAAUCACAAUUGUUUUUUGUCGGAAAUCAAAAUUUUAUAAUGAAGUGAAACAAAAUGGUGAUUCAGUCCGAUCAUCCAGUCCGUUCUCAUUCCCAGGGCGUCAAAUACUGAGGCUUUGUCAUGGCGUGUGAUACCGCUGCACAAGGCACCCUUUAGCGUCAGUAUGAGACGCACCGGGUGUUCCAUUAACUACAAUGUAAACACAUCCGCAGAAACAGUAAACUCUCAGACAAAAUGCACGGGGAGUGUGGCGACGUAGUUUAAAGAGUGAAAAGAGACACACCGAGCGGGAGGGCUGGUUGAUGGGACCAACAAACACAAGGCUUUCAUCCAGGCGACUGCUGUUCGUGUCCUGUGAGUCACGUUACAAUCAGCUGUUUGUCCCGUAUUCCCAACAUUAAGUCUCAUUUUCAUUGUACAAAUGUAGCUGUUUUAAGCCCAACCGUGUUGUUUUUCCUAAACCUAAUUAAGUGGUUUUGUUGCCUAAAUUUAAAGUGACGCCAAGGGAUGUGAAAAAGCGGCGCUAUGUGACGAUUUGGGAUGAGAACGUGUCGGACUAUCAGGACAUUUUUCAAUCAAUCAACAACUGCAUUUCCCACUGUGUUUCUAAGUCUGAACAUGAACCAGGAUGGGUUCAAUGCUGCACUGUUUCCUACAGUACAUCUAAAAUUAAACACAAGCUUGAAAAAAAUAUGAAAGGAAAAAACUAAGGAGGAAAAGUUUAAAUGUCCCAUUAGACCCGUCUUCAUGUGAAAUUCUGAUUGAUUUAGCCGAGGUAGAGCCAUCAGAACGAGCCUGAGGACGGAUCUCAGGAAGAAGUGUCCCCCGUUUGAAUGUGUGAGAAUAUGAUAUAAAAUCCUUUUAAUAUCCUCUAAUAUGAGUCCACUGUGUCAUGUGACUUCUUUCUCCUACAAAGCACAAUCAACUGGUAUUAUCUUGUCAGUAAUUACCUGAUUCCUUGAAGACUGGAGGUAAUUUAACUUGUGUUGGAAAGAGCUUCCCACUAAUAUCUUUAUUUUUUCUUAAUGGGAAACUGGGAGUUUGCAGGUUGGCAUGUCACCAAACAUCCUGUUGACAUCGUCAACGGCUUCAUGUUAUUUUUAACCAUUUUAAAAGCUUAUAUUUUAUAUAAUUUACAGAAUUAGUUUGAGCUCUGACAACUGAUUUAUUAAAAGAACUUAUCUCUCUUAA